AUGCUCAAGGGUAUCAACAAGAUGUUUGACAGGAAAAAACCCACCAGUAGAACUGGAGCCCAAGAAGGAAAUGAAGUCCCACAAGCACGCAAUCAACAACAACAACAACAACAACAACAACAACAAUAUUCCCCUCGUGGUGAUGAUUAUGAUGACAGUUUAUCAGAAUUGUCGGAGAAUGAUGUGCAUAGCGGCGAUGGACGAGAACAAACGGGUGAAUCCGCGCAGCCCGCAGCAACAACAACAGCAGCAGCUAAUACUAAUACUACUACUACUACACCUUCUAACCGCAACAAGACUCCCACACGUGGAGCGGGAAAGAAAGAAAAACCAAAACCCAAAUGGAAAAAUCCUGCAGCACCUGUAGUGAAUAAGGUUAAUGGAUUUUUCUCUUGUAUUAAUAAUAAACUUGUUUUUUGUAUAUUUUUCGUUAUUUCCUUUGUAAACUGGUUUUUUACGAUUCUGGGAACUUCCCUUUCACAGUUAGAUGUGGUUGGGGGUGCCUGUUAUACCUAUUGGGGUUAUAAGAACAGCUGUGAUACCGUUAGUUACUCCAUCCGCCCAGAGUUGCUUUCAUGUUCAAAGAUAAAAACUCGAUUGCAAACUGGAGCUGCAUUCUCUAUAUUGGCUAUUCUUCUUAUGAGUGCUUUGUUAUUCUUUAAUUUACAGGCAUUAAUGAUUCAUCGUGCAGAAGGACGAAGAAGGAAAUAUAUUGUAAAUGCUGCUUCUAAUGGUGAAGGAGUGAAUAAUCAACAAGAAGCAUCACUUUUAAAAGUAGAAUCUCCUUUAAAGUGGCGUAUUGUAAUAGUAACAGCAGUGGCUUUAGUCUUUGAAUUGAUUUGUUGGUGUAUGACGACUAGUAUCUAUACUUCCCGCUACUGUGAAGAUACACAACUGCCCCGAACGACGGCUUAUGGGGUGGGAUUUGGAUUACUUUUAACUGCUUGGAUUCUGGAGAUUAUUUCUUUAGUGUUGUUUGCUCUUGUGGUUUGA